UUGCACAUCCCGCCCACGCCGGACAGGACCACGGCGUCCGCGUCCACGGACGCGCCCGCAGCUGAGGAGGAUGGGGAGGUGCUGCCGGAGAGGAGCUACGUCUCCGGCACCAUCUUCACCGGCGGCCUCAACUGCGCGACGUGCGCCCACGUGCUUAGCAACUCUGCCGACGGCGCUCGGCCGGCCGCCUCUGUCAACAUGUCCUGCAAGAUGCGCGGCUGUGACAUGCUGGCGUUGGCCGCCACCCGCCCUAUGAUCUGCGAGGAGUGCUACAUGGACUGCGUCGCCGCCUCCGGCAACUGCCCAGGCUGCAAGGAGGCCUACUCUGCCGGCAGCGACACCGACGACUCCGUCGACGAGGACGACGACGACGCCAUCUCCUCGUCGGAGGAGAGGGACCAGAUGCCCAUGACAUCCAUGUCCAAGCGCUUCUCCAUGGUGCACUCCAUCAAGAUGCCUAUGUCCAGCAGCAACGACAAGCCGGCCGACUUCGACCACGCCCGGUGGCUCUUCGAGACCAAGGGCACCUACAGCUACGGCAACGCUCUAUGGCCCGAGAACGAGCACGGCGGCGGCGGCAACAACGCUGGGGCCACCUUCGGAUUCGUCGGCAUCGAGGAGCCGCCCAACUUCGGUGCCCGCUGCUGCCGGCCCCCGACGAGGAAGACCAGCGUCUCUCAGGCCAUACUCAGCCCAUACAGGUACCAAUUCCUCGUGUAAAAACAAGCGACAUGGAUGUCUGACGGCUCCCAGUGGGC